UCAAUACGGAAACAAAUGAGAAAGCUCUUGAAGCAGUAUUUGGCAAAUACGGACGAAUAGUGGAAGUUCUCUUGAUGAAAGAUCGUGAAACCAACAAAUCUAGAGGAUUUGCUUUUGUCACCUUUGAAAGCCCAGCGGAUGCUAAGGAUGCAGCUAGAGACAUGAAUGGAAAGUCCUUAGAUGGAAAAGCCAUCAAGGUAGAACAAGCCACUAAACCAUCAUUUGAAAGUGGUAGACGUGGACCACCUCCACCUCCGAGAAGGAGAGGCCCUCCAAGAGGCCUUAGAGGCGGAAGAGGAGGAAGUGGAGGAACCAGGGGACCUCCCUCACGUGGAGGACACAUGGACGAUGGUGGCUAUUCCAUGAAUUUUAACGUGAGUUCUUCCAGGGGACCACUUCCAGUAAAAAGAGGACCACCGCCACGAAGUGGGGGUCCUCCUCCUAAAAGAUCUGCCCCUUCAGGACCAGUUCGCAGCAGCGGUGGAAUGGGAGGAAGAGCUCCUGUAUCACGUGGAAGAGAUAGUUAUGGAGGUCCACCUCGAAGGGAACCCCUGCCCUCUCGUAGAGAUGUUUAUUUGUCCCCAAGAGAUGAUGGAUAUUCUACUAAAGACAGCUACUCAAGCAGAGAUUACCCAAGUUCUCGUGAUACAAGAGAUUAUGCACCACCACCAAGAGAUUAUACUUACCGUGAUUAUGGUCAUUCCAGUUCACGUGAUGACUAUCCAUCAAGAGGCUAUAGUGAUAGAGAUGGCUAUGGUCGUGAUCGUGACUAUUCAGAUCAUCCAAGUGGAGGUUCCUACAGAGAUUCAUGUGAGAGUUAUGGUAACUCACGUAGUGCUCCACCUACACGAGGGGCCCCGCCAUCUUAUGGUGGAAGCAGUCGCUAUGAUGAUUACAGCAGCUCACGUGACGGAUAUGGUGGAAGUCGAGACAGUUACUCAAGCAGCCGAAGUGAUCUCUACUCAAGUGGUCGUGAUCGGGUUGGCAGACAAGAACGAGGGCUUCCCCCUUCUAUGGAAAGGGGGUACCCUCCUCCACGAGAUUCCUACAGCAGUUCAAGCCGCGGAGCACCAAGAGGUGGUGGCCGUGGAGGAAGCCGAUCUGAUAGAGGGGGAGGCAGAAGCAGAUAUUAAAAACAAACAAAACUUUGGACCAAAAUCCCCGUUCAAAGAAACAAACAAAAGUGGAAACUAUUCUAUCAUAACUACCCAAGGACUACUAAAAGGAAAGAUUGUGUUACCUUUUUUAAAUUUCCUGUUAAGUUCCCCUUCCAUAAGUUUCAUGUUCUUGUGAGGAAAAAGAGUAAAACAUGUUUAAUCUUUGAUUUUAUGACAUUGCUUUCAACAAGCAAAUGUUAAGUGUGUUAAGACUUGUGUACUAGUAUUGUAAUUUUCCAAGUAAAAGUGUCCCUAAAGGCCAAUUUCUAUACGAUUUUCCCCAGUAAAUGAUGAGGCAAGCAAUUCUAAGAUCUUUCACAAAAUAUCUAUUCAUCUAAAAUGGAGAGAUGAAUCCUCCUGCCUAUACAAACAAGCUAGUUAUUAGAGGGUGGUCGGGGUAUGCUACUCUUAGGAUUUCAGAGUGUCUUCAAACUGAAAUCUCAAUGUUCUCAGUAUGAAAAACCUGAGAUCAGAUGCUUAUAUUGUAAGGAAAAUGCUAUUCGCCCAGUAAACCCAAAAAAGCAAAUGGAUAGUGCUGGCCAUAUUUUGCUUUUCUGACAUUUCCUUGGGAAUCUACAAGAACCUCCCCUUUCCCCCUCCCCAAUAAGACCAUUUAAGUGUGUGUUAAGCAACUACAGAAUACUAAAUAAAAAGUUUGGCCAAAACCAACCAUGAAGCUGCAAA